AAAAAAGAGAGAAAGAAAUGGAGGAAGUGAAGAAAAAGAGUGUGCCAAUUCUUCCAUGGAUGAGAAGCCCCAUUGAUGUGAGUCUCUUUGAAGAUUGCCCACUCAGUCUUGUCCCUUGUCUUGACCCCAGAAUUUUUUGUAGGACCGUUGACAAGUUUACUUAAUAUUGAAAUAUUUUUGAAGAUUGACGAGUUUGAUUAUCCGAUUUCUUUUGAGUAAGGUUGGAGGUCGCUUUGGAGAAAAUGGGUAUCUCGUCACUCUUCCCAGUGCAAGUUGCAGUAUGGCAAGAGACAAUAGGGCCUGGUGCUUUCGAGCGAGAUCUCUGCAUAAAUUCACCAACAGGAAGUGGGAAGACCUUAGCCUAUGCUUUGCCCAUAGUGCAAAUGCUGUCGACUCGUGCUGUUAAAUGUUUACGGGCUUUGGUAGUGUUGCCAACACGUGAUUUGGCUGUGCAGGUUAAGGAUGUUUUUGCAGCCAUUGCACCUGCAGUAGGCUUGUCUGUUGGUUUAGCAGUGGGUCAAUCUUCAAUUGCUGAUGAAAUAUCGGACCUUAUUAAGAGGCCUAAGCUUGAGGCAGGCAUCUGUUAUGACCCAGAAGAUCUUGCAUACGAAUUGCAAAGUUCUGUGGAUAUAUUGGUGGCAACUCCAGGAAGGCUUAUGGACCAUAUCAACUCCACUAAGGGAUUUACGCUUGAGCAUCUCCAUUAUCUUGUAGUUGAUGAAACAGAUCGGCUGCUCAGGGAAGCAUACCAGUCUUGGCUACCAACUGUGCUUCAGUUGACUCAAUCUAAUGAUGAAAGCCUCUUUCCUUAUGCAGAUUCUUUUCUUUCAUCUACAUUCGGUUCCUUAAAAACCAUAAGGAGAUUUGGCGUCGAAAGGGGGUUCAAGGGUAAAUCUUACCCUAGGCUUGUGAAGAUGGUUUUAUCUGCCACAUUAACACAAGAUCCAAGCAAGCUUGCUCAGCUUAGUCUGCACCACCCUUUGCUGAUGACAACAGGGAAAAGGCGUUACCAGCUCCCUGAAAAAUUGGAAUCGUACAAACUUAUAUGUGACUCAAACGUAAGGCCUCUGUAUUUGGUUGCCCUUCUACAAGAAUUAGGAGAAGAGAAGUGCAUUGUUUUCACCUCAUCCACCGAGUCAACUCAUCGCCUUUGUACGUUGCUAAACCUUUUUGGUGAUUUAAGUAUAAAAAUUAAAGAGUAUUCAGGCCUUCAGCGUCAAUCUGUAAGAAGCAAGACAUUGAAGGCAUUCCGGGAAGGGAAGGUGCAAGUACUUGUAUCCUCUGAUGCAAUGACUCGUGGAAUGGAUGUUGAAGGGGUGAGAAAUGUCAUUAAUUAUGAUAUGCCUCCAUAUAUAAAGACCUAUAUUCAUCGAGCUGGUCGGACUGCUAGAGCAGGUCAAGCUGGGCGUUGCUUCACAUUGCUCCAUAAACAUGAGGUAAAACGUUUCAAGAAGAUGUUAGGGAAAGCAGACAAUGACUCCGUUCCUCAUUACUCUGUUCCUUCUAGUUCAAUUGAGUCACUGCAUGCUGCAUAUAGCUCUGCCCUAGGAAAACUGAAAGAGACAGUUGAAUCAGAAGCAUCUAGGAAGAGGAAAAUUGGUUCCAAGUUUUCAAGACUGAGCAAGAGCAAAAAACCAGACCAUCAGAAGGGCUGAUCUAUUGCUGCUGAGGCAAGAAGUUCUUGUACACCAUAGUUCAAUUUUCUAGAUGGAAAGGGGCAUUGCUUGACAUGAAGCCAAAAUGUCAUGUUCCCAUGCUCGAGUGCUAGGGCAUCUUACUGAUAACUUUUGCUGAUAAGCUCAGAUUACUUUUUCCAAGACCUUAGUUUGGUGUAUGGAAGCUGGGUGAUACUUUUGCAUACCAAAAGCUGAAAGCGGAACUAUUACACAGAUCUAAAUCUGGUGCAAAAAGGAUGAAAUUUUGAGGGCUCAGGGAAGUUCAUGCUGCUAACAAAGUUCAGUCAUACUCAUGCAGUUAUAUGGAAUACUGUUAUACUGAAUUGUAUUUCAACUCAUAGUCACGGAAUAGACUGAAACCAUGAGAUAACUCCAGUACAGAUAUUCUAGAGUUAUGAUCAUGGAUUGUAUUGAGAACAUGCUGAAGAAGUCGAAACUAAUUCAUCCUGUCUUAGUUAAAACAUGCUUUUUCAAUUCAUAUAAUGCAAUCAUUAGAAUGUAGAAUACUGGUUACAUGUUUAGAGUCAUCCAUGUCAGGUGGUGCUUGGUUAGAUUCCCCGUAUCUUAAGGAACCUGUAUAUUUAUGCCUUGGGUUUGGGACCUUCUCUGAAAUCAUACAAAGAAGUCCAUCAGGACAUGAACUGCCUGUGUGCAUGCACGAAAUUACUGUUCACCGAGCUGGUUCUUCAUAUCUCAAGGAUUAUGAUUUCGGUUCCAGGCUUGAUGCCUUCUUAGCUGGUUCCACCGGUGGAUAUGGAAACCUUUUAUUGAAUUGAUAGGCAUUAAGAAUUCAGGACAACUGAAUCUGCACAACUCACUGGUUCCAGAUGAUAAAGUCUAGUAUCGAGGCUAAUGUAUUAACUUGAUGUUUUUAUCCAUGCAAAUGCACAACUCACUGGUUCCAGCUGAUAAAGUCUAGUAUCGAGGCUAAUGUAUCAACUUGAUGUUUUUAUUCAUGAAAAUGUCCAACUCUUUACAACUUGAAACGCUCUAGUCAACACAGCCCAUCAUAACAUUGGUUACAUUACCAAGUACGUACAGGUGGACCUACAAAAGUCUCAGCAAAGUCUUGGUCAUUAAGGCCAAUCCCCCGGACUCUGUUAGUUGAA